UUUCAAUCAAUAAUAAACAGUAACCAGUCUAUCGAUGACAUUAAUAAGCUCCACUAUCUUCGUGCAUCACUAAAGGGGAGUGCUCUUUUAAUAAUUAAUAAUCUCGAUUUUAAGUCGGAGAAUUACAACGCUGCCUGGAAGUUGCUUUGUGAGCGUUAUGACAAUAAGAGGCUGCUUGUGAAUAAUCAUGUGCAAGCUUUGUUUAACAUUGAGUCAUUUUCAAGGGAAUCAAGUAAGUCAAUAAGACAUUUAGUAGACGAAACUAAAAAAAAUUUAAGAGCCCUGGCGACCUUGGAUCAACCUGUUCAAUAUUGGGACACCUUAAUUAUCCACAUUAUGACGGGUAAACUAGAUCAAAUCACAAAUAGGGAAUGGGAGCAGCACCGCAACUCUAUGUCACAGCCUCCCACCUUACCAGUCUUUAUUACAUUUCUCAAUAGUAGGGCAGAUUUAUUAGAAACACUAGAGGAGUCCAAAGUCGCUAAAACACAAAACUCACAAGCUUUUAACAAUACUAAACCUAAAAGCUUUGUAAUUAAUACUAACAAUAAUUUUACUAACCAUAAAUCAUUCAAUCAUAAAUCUUCAUUAUGUCAAUUAUGUAAUCAGUCACAUUUCCUAUUUUCUUGCCCUAACUUUAGAGACUUACCUGUAGAGUCCCGUAUUAAAAAGGCCCAAGACUUAAAAGUUUGUUUGAAUUGCCUACGUCCAGGUCAUGUACUUUCAAAAUGUAAAUUAGGCUCUUGUAAAUAUUGCCGUCUGAAACAUAACACUUUGUUACAUAUUGAGAAUGAACCAGAGCAAUCUACCUCUCAAAAUGUAGCGCUUACUCUUAAUAACACGUCUGAAACAAGAACUGUGUUACUCUCCACAGCGCUCGUGAAUGUGGUGGAUACUAACGGAAAGCUCCAUACCGCACGGGUCUUGCUGGACAACGGGAGCACAGCCAACUUUGUUUCAGAGGAUUUCUGCCACAUGACAAAAGAAGCUUUUUUAGCAGCUCUCAACCGAUUUAUUGCUCGGAGGGGGAAACCACGCCACAUCUUCUCGGACAAUGGUAGUACUUUCGUCGGGGCCUUCAAUGAGCUAGCGCAGCUUCUAGCACAGGAUCUCGACCUAAAUAGAAUCGAUCCAGGUAUAACCUUUUCGUUUAUUCCGGCAUAUACUCCACAUUUCGGUGGACUAUGGGAAUCUGCCGUCAAAUCCACCAAAUAUCAUUUAAAACGAAUCUUAAGCCUUACGUACCUCACCUUUGAAGAAAUGGCAACUUGCCUUAUUCAGAUUGAAUCUAUAUUAAAUUCUCGUCCUCUAACUCCUAUAUCCAGUGACCCGUCAGACCUCACUCCACUUACACCCGCACACUUCCUUAUUGGGCGAUCUUUACUGACGUUGCCUCAUCCACAGGUCACCAGAGCCAGUGUGUCCUCGCUUCAGCGAUUCCAGAGAAUCGAAUAUCUGAAGCAACAUUUUUGGAAUCGCUUCUCAAACGAAUAUGUUCUCUGGCUUCAGGAAAAAUCCAAAUGGCAUCGCUCUACCAGAGGAGAACUAAAGGAAGGGGCUCUCGUUGUAAUCAAGGACAAGACCUCUCCGCCUCUUAUGUGGCUGAUGGGACGAGUCAUCCGUGUGCUACCAGGGAGUGACGGCGUCGCAAGAGUUGCAGACAUACGCACACGCAAGGGUGUGCUCAGACGGGCAUUCAACACUAUUUGCCCCCUGCCUCUACAGUGACUCUACCUUGAAGACCACGGCUCUUCAACAGGGGGAGCAUGUUGGAGCCGCCUUAACUGCGGCUGAUGAACCGGUUGUGUAGCCGGACGCCAGAGGGGAGCCGCCGGAGAGGGGAGGCAACGGUCGUCGACCCACUCGGCAGUGCCACGUCCCGCAGUCGCGUCAAACCCUAUCAGCACGACACCCGCGCACGCGCAUCUACCUAUUUACAAUAUUUCCGCAUACGAUAACCAGUUACUUUGUGCUGUCAAUAAACAUUUAACUACA